GAGUUUUGUACCGGAGGUCACAUAUCCAUCACAGCCGCCUGAUACGUAGUGGAGCCGUGGGCUACAUCCACCCAUCUGUUGGGUUUGUGACUGAUUCGCCAUAACGCUUAAAAACACGACAAUAACUGACAAUACGCACUGUCCGGACUGCGCACUCGUCUUAAUCCCGGUUAAAAUCGAGUAUUUUAAAGUGUGGGGUGCUCAGGUCGAGACCGCGAACAAAGAACAUCUGCGAUGCGCUAGAACAGAGUCAAUUCCACCUUAAAUGCCAUUACAUUUGCGUCUGUGGCGGAGACCUAGGCGCCAUCUUCGGUCUACCUUAAGCGCACAAUGUGGCCAACGAACGCAAGCGUACCAGUCAGGCUUCCGUCCUCAUUCUCCUGCCGGGGAUCGCACUCUUGCUUCCCAGCUUUGACACAGCGUCACUUGUGAAACAACAGAGGAAAAGACGCACUCGGGCCAAACCCCAUCCGCACCAGCAGGAGAAGAUGUCCGAGCCCAAUAAGUACCGAGAGUGGAUCCUGGAAACAAUCGACUCUCUCCGCUCGAGGAAAGCCCGUCCGGAUCUGGAGAGGAUUUGUCGAAUGGUCCGGAGACGACACGGGUCAGACCCGGACCGAACCAGGACAGAACUGGAAAAACUGAUUCAAGAGCAGACGGUGCUCAAAGUUAGCUACAAGGGGUCCAUAUCGUACCGAAACGCGGCCAAGGUGCAGAGGAAAAGCAGAAAGAAGAGUGAGUUUACGGCGGCUGGCAGCAGCAGCAGCAGCAGCAGCAGCAGCGCGGAGGCAGCGAGGGAGCGGACCAAACACGACCAUCUGAACAACAACGGCGACAGUGCGCACAGCUUCACCGACCAGGAGGAAGGAGAGGAGGACUCGGAGCCCAGCCCCGAUCCCCACACUCAAACAUCAGCCAGCACCGCUGGCAAGAAGCUCAAGCCUGCCUCCAGCCGAAGUAGCGGAAACGGGUGCCUCAGUUGUGGCGCAACAACGGGCUGCGCUGUCGGGAGCGGCUGUAAAGAGGAGAAAGCAAGUGCACCGAGAGACAAGGGAUUAGGACAGCAGGGAGUGGGGGGGUGCCCGUCGCCCGGUCUCGGCAACAGAACAAGCGCACACGACGCCGGUGAUGGCAGCAGGACAACACCGAACAAAACCGAUGCACUUCGCGGAGGAAAGGAGGCUGCUCUGUCCGGAGCUGACACCCAGAACAAAACUUGCUCUGGGAGCGUCAGCAGCCUCCCUCCACAGCAGAAGCCGACCGAGCCCCUCAAACCCAAACUUCGAGUCGGGGGAGGGAGCACCAAAACAACAGGGAACCACGCCAAUCCCGACCUGGGCGACAGAUUGGUGGCUUCUGUUCGCAGCCUGUCCGAGAGGAGCCUCCGCGGGGGCUCCGCCGCCACGACCAGAGGCCACAUGAAGCCGCUCGGGCUGAAGGAGAUUUUGGGCUAUCUGAGCAGCCAGGAGCGGCUGUCGGAGGAGAAGCUGACCCGAGGCAAAGUCAAAGUGGUCAUGGAGAGAGAGGUGGCGAGAGGCAGGCUGCGCAGGACCCGCUGCGGGAACAUUACUCUUCCUCUGAGGGGGAUGGUGGUGGAGGAGCCGAUGCCGAAGAAUGCGUCCGCUGACAGACUUGUAAAGAGCGCACUGCAGGACAAGCAGACGGUGAAAAAGCCACCGCCCUCCCCCCCUGCCCAAGCGAAUGAGCCAAUGGAAACACGCAGUGAAGAAGAGGAACGGGAAGAGAAUGAGGAAGAGGAGGAGGAGCAGGAGGAUGAUCCCCGGAGUUCUGAUGAGGAGGGAGGACUAUCCCCGGUAGCCAUGACAACUGAACCAGAGCUCAUUGAGAAAACCACAGAAGAUGCCGAGAUCCAGACAGCAUCAAAGCAGGAGAGCCCCCAUCAGCAGCAGCAGCAGCAGCAUGGUGGCAAAGGGAUGGAUUCACCGACCCGGACACAAUCCACACCCGUUCAGGGAGUUCCACUGUCACAGUGUAACAGUGCGCACUUGGAGGAGAGAGCUGUCGUCCCAGAUCAGCUACAUAAGGCAGCACAAAAUCAGCUGCAGCAUGACGGAAUCAACCACUCCUCCUCGGGCUUUAACAACUUGGAGUGUAAGACAGAGGUUGGCGUGUCAUCCUGCCUGCUCACACCCACUGCUUCCCCGAGAGACUCUGGCCUGCCUGAAGAGCGAGGGAUAAAUGGACUUAGCAGUGGAGGGUUUAUGAAGUCUGAGGGGGCCAGUGGGAGCCCAGUGGACUGGACAGUAUCUGAUGUGGUCAGUUAUUUCACAGCAGCAGGUUUCCCUGAGCAGGCUGCUGCCUUCAGGACCCAGGAAAUCGAUGGCAAGUCUCUUCUCCUCAUGCAGCGUAAUGAUGUUUUGACUGGCCUGUCAAUCAGGCUCGGCCCCGCCCUCAAGAUCUAUGAGCGUCAUGUAAAGGUUCUGCAGAAAACACACUUUGAGGAUGACGACUGCUAACAACACACAAAGACACACAGAGACUGCUAUGUUUGUACGUACAUGUAACUCAAAGUAAUCAUAUAAAAAUGCAUGCAUGAUAUACAGGACACUUUACUUUUCAUCUCAUGUAAAACAACACACACACACACACACACACACACACACACUCUCUCUCUCACACACACACACACACACACACCUGUGUUUCUCUCCCUCCUAGCCCUCUACAACUGCUCUGGUCCAUAAAUGACACACAGAAACAACGGAUUUCCUGGACUCCAAGGAUUUUCUGCCAAACAGAGCACAAAUGUUGGAGGGAGAAAGCAGACUUAAAAUUUUAAGAUGCAGAGCUUGCAAUGCAAUUUCUCUUUUUUUAUUUACAAUGAUCGAGCACUUUGCAAUUUCUUCAUUAAACUGUGCAAGAUGUCUUUAAACUGUUAUUUCAUGCUGACCUUUCAUGCUGCACAUUUUGAAAUUGGUCGUGGUUAUUUUGU